AUGACUGACCCUCCACAACUUCAACCAUCUUCCUUAGUGUCAGGGGACAGUGAGCAGGGGCCUGGCUGCCUGUUGGGAUUGAGCAGUGAAUUGGAUUCACUGCUGGAUGGGUUCCUGCUGCUACUGAGCCAAAGUGGGAAAGUAACCUUUACCGGGGAAAAUGUCCAUCGAUACCUAGGACUGACACAGCUGGAGCUGAUGGGACAGAAUAUUUUUGAUUUCGUUCAUCCCUAUGACCAGAGGGAACUUCAGGAAGCUCUGAUGUUUAAACAAGUGGAUGAUCAGAAAACUAAUCGAAGAGAAUCACGUGAUUUCUUCAUUCGGGUCAAGUGCACUGUCACCAAUGACAGCAAGAUGGUGAAUUUGAGAUUAGCGUCUUGGAAGGUGCUGCACUGCAGUGGGUUUAUCUGGACUCCCCAGGGUAACAGGCAUGUGGAUACCAGACCCUAUCUGAUCCUUAUCUGUGAUCCCAUUCCCUUCCCUCUCAAUCUCGAGCCAUCAGCAAAAGGUCAAAGUUUCCUCACCUAUCACAGCUUGGACAUGAAAUUCAUCUACUGUGAUAGCAGAGUUAAAGAUCUGAUUGGCUUUGAUGCAGACCAACUGGUCGGCCACUCCAUCUACAGCUUCAUUCACACACUUGACCUGAGUCACAUCUGGAAAAGGCACUUCAGCUUGUUGAAGAUGGGUCAGAUAUCCAGUGGGUUAUACAGAAUGCUGCACUACUUCGGGGGUUACAUCUGGGUGCAAACAGAAGCGACUUUGGUCUAUGAGAACCAGAAUACACGAUCACCUUUUGUCAUCUGCAAUAAUUAUAUAUUGAGUAGGCCUGAGCAAGAAGAGAUACUAUUCUCCAUUGAGCAGACUAAAUCUGACACAGGAGGAAGGGGACUUCCUACAGCCACAGUGUUACCCAGGGAUGCUAAAUGUGCUCACAUAGGACCAAGUCACAGACUGGAGCAGCAAGGCCAUCAACCACGUGAAGUCAGCAAAACUGAAGCUCUCGAAGUUGGAAUCACAGGGAUGCAAUGGUCUUAUCAACAUCACAACAUUCAACAUCCACUUUUGUCAACCAAUGCUGUGCCCUGGUCCCAAAGGAGAAUUGAGAAUUCUCGACUGCUGGGCCUUGCGAGUGGAGCUGCCCUGACUAACCCCACAUUAACUUCCUUUAGAAACAUGACCCUUAGACCGAGCACCUUGUUCUCAGCAGCCAGCAGUAGCAACCUAACUGAGGAAUGGUUUGCUGAUCACAAUCUUGAGAAUUUGGCCCCAUUUAUUCCAAUGGAGGAUGAAGAAUUUCAAAUGAUUCCUGUGGAGAAUUCGUGGCUCCGAGCUGUCCCAGGAUAUCAGACCCUACGUCACAGGGGCAACUGUGAGACUGCCAGGUUCUCUUCGAGCAGUGUCUGUGAGCUGAGCCUCCGCCGUGGCAUCAAGAGGAACCAUCAGACCGAUUUGACCUGUGACUUGGCAGUGUGCCUAUGCAAGGAUGAUUGUUGUGAUGCUGAAUGGCAGGGUGCCUUUCAGCAGAAGAGAUUGAAGGCUUUGAAUGCAUUGGAUACAGAGGAGCAAAGCUGCCACAGAGAGAAUCUCAGCCUGUGGGACUGGAGAACAGAUCUGUCCAGCUGCCUGCAGGGGUCGUGCUCUUCACUCAAGGUGUUACCAAUUCUCAGUCCCAUUGACUGUGAGGUCAAUGCUCCACUCCAUGGGGCAAGGCUCCUUCACGGGACUGACCUGCUGCAGGUUCUGGAUCAGGCCACCUUUUACCAGGAGAGCAAGGAUUUACCAAACCCCAGCCACAGGAAGUGA